UUCGAAGCAGCUUGCGCGACAUGUCUUGUACUGCAGCGUUUCGUUUUCGUCCUGUCGGGAUUGUUGUAUCCUGGCUGUCCGUGAGGACUCAUUUCGCCUCACCCAUUUCUGUCGAGUCAGGGCUCGCAGGUCCAGAUGCAAUGGGAACCACCGCUGGUGUCUAAGGCUUUGUGAAGAUUUGCGUUUGUUUUUGUUUCCAGGGUGUAAUUUUUGUUGUUGUUUCAGGGAACGCAUCAGCAGGCGCUUGAGAUUCUGGAGACUUUUGUUACAUUUGCCGAGGUGAACGCGUUUUCAUGAGCGCUGGCAUUCAAGGCGGCCUGCGCGGCUCCUGCUGCAAUGUGUCGUCACGGUAAUGUCGACAUUCUUGCUUACCGAGUGCCCGUGAUGACUCAGAACACCUUACCUACUUUUGUGAGUUUCAGGGCUCGCGGGCCCAGGUGCAAUGAGCACGGCUGUUCGUUUCUGAGGCUUCGUGGUGUUAAGGGCUGCUAGAGUUGUUUAGCGGACAAUGUUGUACCGGAUUAUCCCUGCUGUGAUUUUGCCAGAAUUUUUGGUAUCUAUUUGUCGAGCCGAGCGUCGAGAUCAAGGAGGCCAUGUGUUACGAAUGCAAUUCAGGUACGUUCGAAGCAGCUUGCGUGACAUGUGUUGUACUGCAGCGUUUCGUUUUCGUCCUGUCGGGAUGAUUAUAUCUUGGCUGUCCGUGGGGACUCAUUUCGCCUCACCCAUUUCAGUCGAGUCAGGGCUCGCAGGUCCAGAUGCAAUGGGAACCACCGCUGGUGUCUAAGGCUUGGUGAAGAUUUGCGUUUGUUUUUGUUUCCAGGGUGUACUUACGUAUCAGCAGUCGCUUGAGAUUCUGGAGACUUUUGUUACAUUUGCCGAGGUGGGCGUGUUUUCAUGAGCGCUGGCAUUCAAGGCGGCCUGCGCGGCUCCUGCUGCAAUGUGUCGUCACGGUAAUGUCGACAUUCUUGCCUACCGAGUGCCCGUGAUGACUCAGAACACCUUACCUACUUUUGUGAGUUUCAGGGCUCGCGGGCCCAGGUGCAAUGAGCACGGCUGUUCGUUUCUGAGGCUUCGUGGUGUUAAGGGCUGCUAGAGUUGUUUAGCGGACAAUGUUGUACCGGUUUAUCCCUGCUGUGAUUUGCCAGAAUUGUUGGUAUCUAUUUGUCGAGCCGAGCGUCGAGAUCAAGGAGGCCAUGUGUUACGAAUGCAAUUCAGGUACAUUCGAAGCAGCUUGCGCGACAUGUGUUGUACUGCAGCGUUUCGUUUUCGUCCUGUCGGGAUUGUUGUAUCCUGGCUGUCCGUGGGGACUCAUUUCGCCUCACCCAUUUCUGUCGAGUCAGGGCUCGCAGGUCCAGAUGCAAUGGGAACCACCGCUGGUGUCUAAGCCUUGUGAAGAUUUGCGUUUGUUUUUGUUUCCAGGGUCAGUCGCUUGAGAUUCUUGAGACUUUUGUUACAUUUGCCGAGUUGAACGCGUUUUCAUGAACGCUGGCAUUCAAGGCGGCCUGCGCGGCUCCUGCUGCAAUGUGUCGUCACGGUAAUGUCGACAUUCUUGCCUACCGAGUGCCCGUGAUGGCUCAGAACACCUUACCUACUUUUGUGAGUUUCAGGGCUCGCGGGCCCAGGUGCAAUGAGCACGGCUGUUCGUUUCUGAGGCUUCGUGGUGUUAAGGGCUGCUAGAGUUGUUUAGCGGACAAUGUUGUACCGGUUUAUCCCUGCUGUGAUUUGCCAGAAUUUUUGGUAUCUAUUUGUCGAGCCGAGCGUCGAGAUCAAGGAGGCCAUGUGUUACGAAUGCAAUUCAGGUACGUUCGAAGCAGCUUGCGCGACAUGUGUUGUACUGCAGCGUUUCGUUUUCGUCCUGUCGGGAUUGUUGUAUCCUGGCUGUCCGUGGGGACUCAUUUCGCCUCACCCAUUUCUGUCGAGUCAGGGCUCGCAGGUCCAGAUGCAAUGGGAACCACCGCUGGUGUCUAAGGCUUUGUGAAGAUUUGCGUUUGUUUUUGUUUCCAGGGUGUAGUUCCCAACCAU